AUGUACUGCGACGACCUACCCCAUGAAGUCAUACUGUCAAUUCAACGCGUCCUUGAGAUUAACCCUACCCAGGAAGUGGAUCCUCUCGACGGCCUAACCGAGAACUUCACCGCGGUAAAUAUACUCAACAACUUCUUUCCUGAUGAGGCGUCCUUGGCUCAUAUCGAAGUCGUAAAUACCCAACUGGCCGAAACGCAAGCCGAGCUCCAGAAGGAGAUUGACCUCCUGCAGGCCGACUUGAAAGCGAAUCAAGAUCCAGAGAGGAUGACAAUGAUACAGGAGAUGAUUUCUGACUUGUUAGGCCAAAUGUCACGGAUCAGAGAAAAGGCAACCGAGUCAGAAGCGGUCGUCAGAAACAUCACAAAGGAUAUCCAAGUCCUGGAUUUGGCAAAGAAGAAUCUUAUAUCAAGUAUGACGGCAAUGAAAAGGCUGCAAAUGCUGAUCAAUGCGCUCACUCAGCUUGAUGAACUUAUUCAGGAGAGGAAGUACGGCGAGGUGUCCCAAACCUUGUUGGCCGUCAAGGAAAUUGCAGAAUCUUUCAAGGACUAUAAAUCCGUUCCGUCAAUAGCGCGUGUAUGGAAGCACAUCAAAGACGUACAGAUGAAACUUCGCACCCAACUGGAUCAGGAUUUCGACGCUUUCUUUGUACAGGAUUCAACCAAGCAGAUCAAGACAAGCACUAUAUCGGAAGCUUGUCUAGUCGUGGACGUCAUAGGUCCCGAUGUUCGGGCCCAUGUCAUAGAUCGUUAUGUGGCACUUGAACUGAAGGAAUACCGUCGAAUCUUCCGAACAAACGAUGAAGCUGGACAGUUGGAUAACCUUUCAAGACGAUUCGCGUGGUUUCGUCGACUAUUGCAGAGUCACGAAAUUGAACAGGGUAGAGCCUUCCCAUCGGAGUGGAGAGUUAGUUGGCAUCUCCUGGCAAAAUUCGCAGAGACAACCGGGGAUCACGUUACCACACUUUUGACGAAAACCGGUUCAUCUUUGACCGUGAAGGCCCUGCUGGAUAACCUACAAAUCACAACUGAGUUUGAAGCCUCUAUUGCUAAGAAAUGGGCAACUCCCUUUCAAGACAUUCUGAAAGCAACUGACGCCAGUCAUUCCCAGCCUGGACGAACGAUCACCUCUGCUUUCGAGCCUCAGAUGAGCAUCUUCAUUGAUGCUCAAGAUAAGGUCCUCGCAGACAUGCUUGCCCCGCACCGUAAAGGGAAGUCAAAUAAACCUCAACCUCGUGCGUCUGUAGAUUCUUCACAAGGUGGCAACGAAGACAACAUCUCGCCUCCUCCCGUUGUUCUUCCUUCGUCGACGGAGCUUUUCUAUUUCUACGCACAAAGUCUGGAACAAUGUGCGAAACUGUCGACUGGGCAGCCUUUGUUUGAGCUAGCAACAUUGCAUAAGAAGUGGUUGCACAUAUACGCAGAUGAAGUGCUCGCUGCCAAUGCGAAAAGACCUAUAACUGCUGUUGUUCGCAUGUCUACAGAUAGCCGUGUUGAUGUAGAAAGCCUAAAACAGUCGUGUCUACUUAUCAACACUGCUGAUUACUGCCAGACGACGGCCCUUGAGCUUGAGAAGAAGUAUUGCGAAAAGAUCAACAGCGAGUUUAAGGAAAAGAUCACCUUCCAAGUGGAAUGUGAUCUAUUCGUCAGUUCCAUCUCGACGGCUAUUGCUGCUCUUUUGCGAGAAUUUGAGGCUGCUUGCGACCCUUGUUUUACAACGAUGUCACGCUCGAUCUGGUCAAGCGUCAAUCAAGUUAGCGGACAAUCUCCUUAUAGUGACGACCUAGUGAAAGCCGCGGAGCAAGUUGUGGAACUGAUCAAGCCUCUUGUCGAGCAGAAGAAGUAUCUGCGUAACUUCUUCGACAAAGCUUGUAGUGUGAUAUUGGUCAAGUUUACGAACUCACUCGUGCGAAGCCGGCCGCUGAAGGAGAUUGGUGCUGAACAGGCAAGAGCAUCGAUCGCUGGACUUCUCAUUGACCUACAAACGGUCAAGGCAUAUUUGACAAAGAUGCCCGGCGAGGCCUUGAUUACCAGCACAUAUACCCGAGCAAUGACCAAGACGACGACUCGACUUGAGGCAUUGCUCAAAGUUAUUGUUACCCCAGUGGACCCUCCCGAAGGUUUCAUAUUGAAUUACACUCUUUUGAUUGGAGACGCCUCCUUUUCAAAUUUCCAAAAGAUCUUGGACCUAAAAGGAACGCCGAAGGCAGUCCAAAACAACCUUCUUGAUUCCUUCCUGACGAUCACCAGCACCAAAACGGAUUUAGAGAGUACCUCUUUCCUGUCAUCACUUGACAUGGAUCCACCUGCUGCCGGGUAUGUCGGUGGAAGUCUGAUCAGUCCGGCCGGCAGUAGGAUAUCACUGCCUUUGGCGGGUGAGAGUAUCUUUGCCAGUCUUGCCACGCCAACACCUAGUGGUCCGUCCACGGGAUCCACGAUUGGGGAAGGUCGUCCUGGAGACCAAAAACGAGAGGUCUUUUCCGACUUCCGUCGGUUUGUCAGCUUUGGUCUGAGGAAAGAUUCAAUGGCACCCUCGUAAGCCACGGUAUUUCAUGGACUUGGUUAAAGGGACAUUAGUCGUGCUAGAUCAGUAGAUAUAAUACAGGCACAACCAUC